GUGAGGACGACGCCCACGAACGACGCCGAGUGCAAGGCCGUGAAGGGCAUCAACACGGGCCUGCCCAUCGUCUACGACUCCAGCUGCCCUGGCCUGUGCUGCUUCGAGGACCAGCCGUGCAGGUACAACAACACGGGCUGCUACUCCGCAGCCUUGGCGCAGCAGAAGGUGAGGACGACGCCCACGAACGACGCCGAGUGCAAGGCCGUGAAGGGCAUCAACGCGGGCCUGCCCAUCGUCUACGACUCCAGUUGCCCCGGCCUGUGCUGCUUCGAGGACCAGCCGUGCAGGUACAACAACACGGGCUGCCACUGA